AGGGAUUUGGGAUGGGGAUGAUCCCAAAUUUCCUUUGGAAUUCCGGCAGCUUUUCAUCACGGUCAUGGACAAACUGCGCCUGGAGAUCCGCGCCAUGGACGAGAUCCAGCCGGAUUUGCGGGAGCUGAUGGAGACGAUGACCAGGAUGAGCUCCCUGCCCCCGGAUUUCGAGGGACGCCAGAAGGUGAAUCAAUGGCUGCAGACGCUGAGCGCGAUGUCGGCCUCGGACGAGCUCGACGAUUCCCAGGUCCGGCAGAUGCUCUUCGACCUCGAGGCCGCCUACAACGCCUUCAACCGCUUCCUGCACGCCUGACCAGUCCAAACCAGUCCAAACCAGUCCAAACCAGUCCAGACCAGUCCAGACCAGUCCAGACCAGUCCAGACCAGUUCAGACGGGAGCCAGCGGAAAUGCAGGAUAAUAAACGGAUCCCAAAAAUC